GCAAUGGCGAAUACUCAGACUUACGGCUUCCCGCUUUACGCCGCGGACUGGAUCCCGGAAGUAACCGUUAGAUCGAAAAUCGAAAAUGAUCAUAAGAAUUCGGAAGAUGGCGAAGAGUCUUCGUCGUCGUCGUCGACCUCCCGGAGCUGCAUCGUGCUGGCAGGCGGAGGCGGAGAUGUGCGAAACGGGAUACCUAACGUCGUUUUAAUCUGCCGUGUUGAUCACGAAACCAAUACUCUAUUGGAACAACCUGUGGGUAGGGUUGUGGUCACUGAUCUUCCUUAUAGAAUGGCUGUUCAUCCUCUGGGAAAUGGUCUUAUUUGCGCAUUGCCACAGAGUUGCAAACGUUUUGAUUGGGAAAGCAUUAUGAGGCAAAGAAAGGGUGAAGAGUCUGAGGAAGUGAUUAACGAGUUAGAAGAUGUUGGACAACAGUUAGCUCUUGUGUUUAAUAAGGAGGGUUCUGUGCUUGCUGCUGGUGGGGAGGAUGGAACUUUGAGGGUUUUUGAAUGGCCUAGUAUGGAAACGAUACUUAAUGAACCCAAGGCUCAUUCAGAAGUUAAAAACUUAACUUUCAGCGAAAGUGGUAAGUUUCUUGUAUCUGUUGGAGGUCCACUUUGUCGGGUUUGGGACGUAAAGGCUUCUACUGCCAUUGCUACUCUCUCAAAAGAGAAGAACGAGAUGUUUGCCUACUGCAGAUUCUCGGUAGGCAAUGCAGGCGAUGAAGUUCUUUACAUUGCUGCAAUCACUGUAGAACGUGGUGGGAGUAUUAUAACAUGGGAUACCACAUCAUGGAAAAGAAGACAUUCAAAGCUUUUGAAAAACUACUCUAUAUCGGCCUUUAAUGUCUCACCUGAUGGAAAAUUUCUUGCAUUUGGAACGCUCGAAGGAGAUGUUUUGAUAAUUAGUUCAACAAAAAUGAAGACUCAUCAAUUCGUUAAGAAAGCUCAUCUAGGUUUGGUCACCGCACUGACUUUCUCCCCUGAUUCAAGGUGCUUAGUGUCAGUAUCUUUUGAUUCAAGGGCAAAGCUAACUGUCAUUGAACAGAUGGCUGAAACAGAUGGAAUAAACUGGUUGGUGGUAUUUUUGUUGUUAGUGUUGCUAGUAGUGCUUUCGUAUGAUUUCUUGAUGGAAAAGGGAAUCAUUGGUAAAGAAUAGCCUCUAAUUUGCCCCACGAGAUGAUACAUACGAAUGGCUUGAAACCAACAUAUGCCCUUUUGAUUUUUUUUUUUCCCUUUUUGUUUUCAGCCGUAGCUUUUUGCGUUUGUAUUAUAAGAAAAAAGUAAGGUUUUC